AAUCACAGUUCCCGCUGCUUGGUGGGUUUAACGGAGCAGAGCCCACUCGGUUCUGCAUCCCUUGUGAGACUCCCUGCUCCUCCAAACCAUGUGCUGAGUUUGAGGAGCGCUCUCACUCGGCACAGCCAGCAGAUCGCUUCACUUAGACGAGACUAAGUCAGGAGCAGGAGGAAUAGUACGGAUUUGCUGUUAAAAGGAAAGAAAAAAAAAAAAAAAAAAAAGAGGAAGUGGAGAACUAUUCGGGGAAGAAGUGUUCGGGGAGGAAGUGUUCCGUGCAGGAUUGCAGGAUUAUCUCAGGUUUCUCGUUUCCUAGGAACGUAGUAACUUGCCGGCGGGUUGUUUUGUGGGCGGUGUUUUUGAAUAUAUGCUAAUUCAGCCGGGCUGACAGCGAGAGGAGCCGUGUGUCGGUGGCACAGCUCUCCUGACAGCCGGCGGUGCCGGGCGGCGGCCGGGCCAUGGGCUGGCGCUGCUGACGCGGCCACUGCCCUCCCGCCGGGUCACCCUGCCACCGCCGGCAUGUGCCUGUGACCAUGGACAUGAAGGACUCGGGCAGCGUGGUGCUGACAGCCUACCAUCCCCACAGCCCGGCCCGGAUCCCGGCCGUGGAGCAGGGCUUCGUGCAGGAUAUCCCGCCCGGCCGUUCGCCCGCCAGCAGAAAGUCUCUCCCUCGCUGCCGAAGAGUUAACAGGAUGCUUUCCAACGAGUCCGUCCCUCCCGCCUUCAGUCGCUCCAAUUCCCAGGCCUCCGUGGACAGCACUUCCAUGGAGGACUUCUGGUGUGAAGUAGAGAGCAUCAAGGAGAGCAGAGAAGAUGGAUGUGAAGAAGCAAUGCUCUCAGAGUUCAAACCUGCUGAUGAAGGGGAGCUGGAGGCAGAAUGGCUGCAAGAUGUGGGUUUAUCCACGCUGAUCUCAGGAGCUGAGGAGGAGGAUGGCCAAGCCCUGCUGUCCACUCUGACCAGAACCCAAGCUGCUGCUGUGCAGAAGAGGUACAACACCUACACUCAGACCCUGAGGAAGAAGAACAAGCACACAGUCCGGGAUGUGCGAGACAUCUUUGGCACCAGUGACUCUCCUCCCACAUUUGAGACAGUUCCAGUGUCACCAGUAUCUCCUAAUGGUAUCCAGCUUCCUGGGCAGAAGCCAGUUUGGAAAUCAGUUAGCUCUAAGAGCUGUCUAGACUGUGGAAUAGAUAAAGGCAGCCCAUCCAUAACAGAAGAGCUCUCCUAUGAUGUCUCUUUCUCAGAAUCCAUUUCAGUCCUUCCAAAAACCCAAGAGUGGCCAAAAAAUCAGAGGUUCAAAAAGGAAGACUCGGCUUUGCCAAGAUUCGCGGUCCGCAGGAGCCGCCUGGGGCUGACGGAGGUGGGGGACCUGUCUCCCGAGGACAUGAAGAAGAUCCGCUACCUGUCCCUGCUGGAGCUCACGGCUUUCCACGACGCGCUGGGCGUGGAGCUCAAGAGGAACCGCGCCGAGAGGGUGCGGGGCCGAGAGAAUGGUCUUUUCGGAGUCCCUCUCACCGUACUGCUGGAGAAUGAUCAAAAGAAGGUUCCGGGAGUGAAAGUGCCCCUUAUCUUCCAAAAGCUGCUGCUCAAGCUUGAGGAAACAGGUUUGGAAACUGAAGGAAUUCUCCGGGUUCCUGGAUCUGCCUCCAGAGUCAAGAAUCUCCGUCAAGAACUUGAAGCAAAAUUUUAUGAAGACACUUUUGACUGGGACCAAGUACGAAAUAAUGAUGCAGCUGGACUGCUGAAAAUGUUUAUUAGAGAACUCCCAAGCCCACUCUUCACAGUAGAAUAUUUGCCUGCAUUCAUCACACUAGUAGAAAAAAUCUCCAAGAUCAAGUUACAACUACAAGCUUUGCAUCUGUUGAUCAUGCUGAUGCCUGAGGCCAACAGAGACACAGCCAAGGCCUUUCUUCAGUUCCUGAAGAAGGUGGUUGCUAAUGAAGGGAAAAACAAGAUGAAUUUGUGGAACGUGUCUAUGAUUGUUGCACCAAACCUCUUCAUCUACAAAGGGAAGCGUGCAAACCAGCAAGAAAUGCAAGCAGCGGCCAGCACCGCGCACAUCGUGCGGCUUUUGAUCCGGUACCAGGACAUCCUCUGGACUGUCCCAUCCUUCCUGAUUUCCCAAGUGAGAAAAAUGAAUGAGGCAGCAAUGAACAGCAAGAGACAGCUGAUGUUUGACAAAGGAGUGAGAAAACUUCUGAGGAGAAAGACUAUGGAACGAGAGAGACCUGAACGACCAGAGGGAGCUGUCACUUUUCCUCCAUACCUGCAGUCUGACAUACCCGAGGGGGUGAUAAGAGUUUAUGCUCCACUGCAUUCAAAAGUCUCUAUGGCAAUUCAACUCAACAGCCAAACAAAAGCCAAAGACAUCCUGGCUCGAUUCCACUGUGAAAACAGCUGUGGAUCAUCACAGAACGUGAGAGGCCAGAUCCAAAGUUUACAUGAAAUUGGAGGAAAUAUAGGUCAGCACUGUUUGGAUCCAGAGGCUUUCAUGCUAGAUGUCUACCGUGCAAACCCUCAUGCAGAAUGGGUGAUAAAACCAAAAGCCACCUGAAGCAGAAGGCAGCAGUAUACUGGACAAAAGCCAGAUGGGCAAGAGUGAUGCCUGUCAUUUUAAGCAGCUCUUGCAGAGACAAAAUGGUAGCUACAGGACGUCGUUCCUUCCUACUGUACUGUCCAACUGAUGGUCAGCACAAAGUACUUUCAGUAUUCCAGCUUCCAAACCAUCGGAAAAAUAUCACAUUAGUUUUUCUUUCAUAUGGAUUACACUUGUGCCAGUUGGCCCAGGAGGUGAGGAGGGCAGACCAAGGUACGGUGUUUGUUUCCUGACCUGGUGUUAGAACAAUUUUUGGACAUAAUGCAGUGGCAUCAGAUGAAUGAAACACUACUGACCACAGCAGAACACACAAGCAUGACAGAGACAUGGGAGAAGGGAAGGUGUCUGUCAGGCAUGGAAGGUGGGAGCUCAACAUGCAGCAGUGCCAAGACAGCUGUGUGAAAAACAACCUUUCUCCUGAAAGUAAAUCCCUACAGAGUGUGUUACUGCAGCCCUUGUGUCUCUGUCACUCCUCAUGAGUACCCAACACUGGGGGAGGGAGGCAGGAGGAGGAACUAUAGAUAGCUGUACUUCUCAGUGUACAUACCACUGGAUAUCUCACUACCAGUCUUCCAAAAUCAUGUUGGGAUCCCUCAGCUCUGUGCAAUUGUAGUGCCACAAACCACACUCCCCUCCCUUCCCCUGAAGUUUCCCCACAAGUUUCAGGACACAAAGGCUAGGUGAGAAGGGGCAUAUGCCCCUAGCCCUGCCUUUUACUUGAUACUUUCAGAAUUAAAUCUGUGUAAUGCCAGACUAUGAGAUGUGUUAAUGGUGCCACUUAGAGUCAACACCUUUUUUGUUAACCAUUAUAGUUUCUAAUUUGUAACCUAAUUCUUUUUAUUUUGUUUAUUUUAGCUUUAAUAUGUAAGCAAUUUUUAUACUCUUCAGCUGCAUCAACAAGAGAGAUCUUUGUUCAGGUCUUGUACAAUACGGCAUGGAGAAGAAACAGGGCUUCCAAGGAGAAAAGGGAUUUAAUAAUUUACAUAUUAGGUCUUUAAAACCAUAGCCAGUCUAGGUCCAGUUGUGCUGGAGGUUUUACAAAUACAUAGCAAAUUGCAGCUGGCAUGCAGUCUAAGCAAACACACAGGCUGAGAAUAGUGGGCUGCAACAGCAUUGGGAAUGUCAGAUAGGAUGUCUAGUUUGGAGCUAGUCACAAGAGCAAGUGAUGCCCUUCACUCAGUCACCUCACUUUGGGCUAUGCUGAACUAAAAGAGGUUUGUUGAGUAGGGAAAUCACAAAUCUCUGGAGGAGAGCAAGUAUUUUUUUCAUCUCUGUCAUAUGAAAUAAGUGGAAACCAAUGCCUUCAACUGCACUGUAAUGUCUUCAUCAUUAGAUGAUGAUGAUGCAUGGUGAAAACACCCCCAGCCUGAGCAAUGAUUUUUGUUCCUGAUCUGGACACAGUGAAGCAGAACAGGCAGAAGCUCUGUUUAUUACAUAGCAAUUUAAAAGCACACUGAACCAAGUCCUCCAGGUGAACAUGAAGUCUGCUGCCCUGCAGAGAAAGCCUGUAACUUGUGAUGCUCUGCUGAAGCUGUGCAAUGAGGAUCUGAACCAGAAGCAGAGGCUCUAAAAUGUGUCAAGUUAAACGUGUUCUCUGGCAGUUAACUUUCAUUGUUAGUGGUCAGUGAAAGAAAUCAGCAUUGAAUCAGUAACUUCACCAGCAACAAUAAUGUCUACAGAGGGCAGAUCCUGUCUUCUUUCUUAUCUUUUUGAUAAAAAUGAUAAAAAUUUACAACCAUUUUCUUUAAAACAGUGACAUUUUUAACUUUCUGGUUGUUUUGCUUUUUUUUUUUUUUUUUUUUUCUUGUUUGUUUGUUUGGGUUUUUUAUUUUCUUUUGUUUUUCCUUUUUCUUCUUAACACUAAAGGAGACAUAGUUGCAGCCAGGAAAAAAACAGGACAGUUGUAUUAUAAAAUACACUCCUUAUUUUGACAACUAUUUAUUUUAAGUAUACAAGAGAUAGUAGAUCUGUGGCUUGUUUAUAGGACUAAGCAUAAAUGUUUUGUCAUGUGCUUUGCUCCCAAUACCCUUUAGUUCCCUCUGUGGCAAAGGACAGCUCUUUCUGCUUAUGCUGCCCUUGUCUGUCAGCUGUAAAGCAGGACUAGUACUUUCCAUAUAAAGGCAAUGUGAGAAUUAAUCGAGUUAAAUUCUACUCUCAGAUGUAGCCAAACAAUUCCCUGAGCAGAUCAGGAGUUGUAAACAUCCAUCUGGGAAGAACAAACUCAGCAAAGACUUUUUAUGUGGAAAGUGCUUUGAAUACAAAGAGAAUCAUAUAAAUGCUAAGCAUCAUUGUAUCUAUAGCCAACCAAAAGGCAUCCUGUGACUACAGAAAGCCUGAACAUUAAGAAAAUAAUUUGAAAUGUCAUAGCAAAUGAGCUAACUUCCAACAAUACUUUCAGACAAAUACAUUGACCUCCUCCAUCUUGCCCACUCAUUUCACUCUGUGUUCUCAAUGGCUGUGCAAGGGAAAAGAGCAGCCCUGUGUUCAUGAUGCAACUUGCUCAGCAUGAUCUGGACCUCAUCAAUGUUUUUUCUGAAAUGGAUCUCCCUGCAUUCUGUACAGAAUACAAGGGGAUUUUGCAAGACUUUUACUACUUCUCAACUUAGGAAAGUCAAAUAUGAUGUAAUAAAAUCCCCCCUGUGAGCUCUUGUUUUAUGCUAAAACUGCCUAUAACUUUAUAAGACAUGCAUAUUAGCAGAUGAACUAGUUUCUACAUGGAGUGGCCAAAUACCUCCUGUCUCUGAAACAGAAUGUCAGAAUUCUCUUUUGAUAGAAAUGGCCCUAAUGAACCAUGUGUAGUGGUUAAUACUGUUCCACAUUAAGUUGUUUUGUAUUGUUUUGGUACACUAACUUGAUUUAAUAUGCAGCAGACAAAUGGAACAAGCUCAAUGGCAUUUUGCAAUAUGAGGUCUCCACUUUAGGUCUUAUAUUUCAAGAUACUCAUGGAGGCAUGAGGAAUUUUGUUCCUCCUAACAGAAGUUGAAGUCAAAAUUAAGUUGCAAGAGGACUGUCACCUAACAAGAAGUAACACACGUGGAAAGCUGUUACUAGGAAAGUGGUAACAAGCAGGGAGAAAUUUACUGAAAUUCCAAAGAUGCCUCAAGCAUUUGUAUACUCCACGGUUCUACAAGGACAGCAUUUUGCACAUCAACACAUAGAGAGUAUUGUAAAAAGCAGGUGCUGCAAAUCAGACUGGAAUGCUUUGACCUGCAUAUGCAGCGAAUGUCACUAGAAAGUGUGCGUGUGUGUAAAAUGUGUCUGUGUCCAUGUAUAAUAUUAACUACCUCACUCUGCAUUUUCCAGGAAAAAUAUUUUGGCUUAGUCGUUUACUACCUAAUCUAUUAUCAAUUUCACAUUAACACUGACACAGUAGUUCUUUUUGUAUGAGGCAAGAUUUGAAAUUACAAUAAAAAAGAUCUAGUAAAAUACAUAUUUUGGGAUAUGUAUGAAAUUUUAUCCAAACCAUGUUGCCUAAAUUAUGCUUGUAAUGUGAACCUUGUAAGAUCAGAUGUUGGGGUUAACAGACAAUGAAUACAAACAAAUGGUGUUUCAUUUUUAUUUUUCAGUGGGUUUCUAUUAAUGUAUGUCUUCUCUGGAAAAUAAUACAAUGCCACUAAUCAAAGUGAAGUGUUUGUAUGUAUGUUUCCCUUACAAUCCUCAUUAUGUUAUGUGUUUUGUUGAAGUAUGCCAACGCGUACGUGUAUUUGUACAGCAGAGUGUGUCCACUGUAUUGUAUCCAUGUCAAAAAUAAAAAAAAAAAAUACAACAAACCCAGCUCUUCAAAUCUAAACAUGUAUUUUGGAUAGAAGCAGGGGACAGAAAAGCAGUGGUGUAUCCUUUUUCACAGCAUCUGUGUUGUUACAGCACCUGAACAGCUGUAGAGAGGACCAUGUUCUGCCACCCUUGCUGAAGUGGAGGAGCUCUUUUCUCCAGGAGCUCUUCUCUAGAUUACCUCUAUGCCAUGCACCAAACAUCCUGCUUGGAAUCCUGCCUCUUUGAAAGCAAUGGCAAACUGCUUUGGAGUUUCAUUUCAGCCAGUAUUUUUUAAACUAGUACAAAAUGCGUAGAGAAAAACUAACUUUAGAACAAAUUGUACAAAUACAUAGUAAAAGCCAAAUAAAA